CAUUUUUUUUUUCCCUCUGUUUUCCAAUCAGCUGUUUGUUUCGAGGAAAAUGUCUCUUCCUACGUUUGUUUCCCGAGAAAUUGAAUCCGGUGGGAGACCUCUUUACUCCCGCAAAGAGAAAUCUCUCGGCCUCUUGUGCUCCAAUUUCUUGACGUUAUACAAUCGAGACGACGUUGAUGCGAUUGGACUUGAUGAUGCUGCCAGUAAAUUAGGAGUUGAGCGUCGCCGAAUAUAUGAUGUGGUGAAUAUAUUGGAGAGUAUUGGUAUUGUUACAAGAAGAGGGAAGAACCGAUACACAUGGAAGGGUUAUGGAGAAAUUCCGAGGACUUUAGAGGAGCUUAGGGAAGAGGGACUGAGAGAGAACUUCAGUAAUUUAGGUCCUGGCAACUCCUCAAGGUUUGUGGAUGACAAUGAAAGUGGGGAGUCUAUCAAUGUGAAAAGUGAUGAUAAUUCUUUUGCCUCAAUGAAAGCAGAUAACAAAAGAGAAAAAUCCCUAUUGCUUCUCACACAGAACUUUAUCAAGCUCUUCCUUUGCUCAGACGUUGAUAUAAUCACAUUGGAGAGUGCAGCUAUUGCCUUGCUGGGUGAUUCAAACAAUUCAACAGCUAUGAGAACAAAAAUUAGACGAUUAUAUGACAUUGCUAAUGUUUUCUCUUCCAUGAAUUUGAUUGAGAAGAUCCAUCAUCCGGAGAGUAGGAAACCAGCAUUUAGGUGGUUAGGAUGGGAAGGAAAACACUAUAGUGAAUCUGCCACAGCCUUGGAUUUGAAUGAAACAAAGAAGAGGGUAUUUGGGUAUGACAUUACAAACUACAGUUUAAAGAGAAACAAGGUUGGUUCCUCAAGUGACUGGAUUUCAGAUCAGAAGGAAAAUAUGAGAAUGCAUAGCAAACAUGAUAUUUCAGAAAGCAACCAUGAUGUGCACAAACUCAAGCAGCAUUCAAAACAAAAUUCAAAGGGUUUUGUAUUUGGACCCUUUACUCCUGCAAACAUAAAAGGUGAUUCAGAAAAUAACAAUGUGAGACGGCUUAUGGAUUGGGAGAACCUUGCUUCUUCUUAUAAACCUCAGUAUCGCAAUCAAGCUCUGAGUGAUCUUUUUGGCCAUUAUGUGGAGGCAUGGAAGUCAUGGUAUGCUGAAGUUGCAGGAAAAGAGCAAAUACAACAAGGAUCCUAACUGUCACUCAUAUCAUGGAGUACAAUUUUUUUUUUCUUACAGGUAUAUGUAUAGAAGUAGAAUGUACUUUCUUGAUUGAACCCAUUUCUUGGUCAUCAUGAUCCCCAUGAAUUCACCAAUUCCCUUGGUAAGCUUCUAGCUUCCCACCCCAAUAAUUUCGUGGCCUAUUUCUGUUUGAAGAAAUAGGAGAAUCACUGAAGUUGGAAUUCUGUUUUUCCUUUUAGAAGUGUUAGCAAACCAUGGGAUUCAACUUCCUAUUGAAGUUCAUGAACAGUAUUCUCCACCGUUGCUAUUAAACUCUUUACAAUUUGCCAGUAUCUGUAUAUUUUAGGGCAGCAUACUAACGCUAAACAGCUCAGAAAACUAGUGUGGUUCUGCUUGUCUGUGAAUUGUUUUUAUUGCUUUGAUUUGCACACAGAAUUAUUUGCGUUAAUUGCUGUUGUUCAAUUUAAGCUGUCAUUGUAAGCAUCUUAUCCAUAUCCAUAAAUGGAGUCAUAUCAG